AUGUCUACAUCGAGUAGUCAACUAUUCGACUGGUCUGCAUCGAUUGAUCUGAUUGAAACUUAUCAAGCUUUUUUAGAUGAUAUUACAGAAAAUAAUCAUAUGGAAUCAUUAAUGACAACAAAAACAACAGAAUACAUCUUUUACAAUCGCACACCGCCUUGGUUCGGAUCUCAUUGUCAAUAUAUCCUUUCACAAAAACCAAUAUUACUGGACGAAUACAUCGAUUCAGUAUAUUCAUAUCUAUUUGCACUGUAUCCACCACCACAUUCGUGUUACAUUCAUCUACAAUGCAAUCGUCGGUCAUUAGAUCUUUGUCUCGAUUGGCGUGAAAUAUGCGAUGGACGUGAUGAUUGUACUACUGGUGAAGAUGAAAAAGACUGUUGGCUAUUGGAAGCAAACGAAUGUGAUGAAAACGAAUACCGUUGUCAUAAUGGACAAUGCAUUCCACUUGAUUUUUUAAACGAUGACAUAUCUCAUCCGGAUUGUAUGGAUCGAACAGACGAACCUGGCCAUACAGAAUAUGCCAACCACUGUGCUACGGAUAUAACAUUUCGUUGUGAAGAAAGUUCCUGUUAUCCACUUGAACAUGGCAUGGAACCAUUUGCAUGUGGCGAUGGACAAUGCAUUAUUCCACAUGGUGAAUGUCGAAAUAACCGUCAUUUAUAUGCAGAAUUUCCUGAUUUUAUUUUUGAUUGGUUCUUUAUCGAUCAGAAUUGUCUUCGACCAAUGAACUGUUUGACACGUCGAGGUUUUGUAUCACAACAAUGUUAUUGUGGACAAGAAUUUGGUAUUUCAUGUGCUUCAGCAGCAAAACGUGGAUGUCCAUCGAAGCUUUUUUUCUUUCCAGCAACAUCUGUUCUAUUCAGUCAUAUUUAUUUGGUGUAUCAUACAAGUCGAGCUGAUAAAAAAACGGAUUCAAUUACACCAAUGUAUGUUUGUUUCGAUCAAAAAUAUUGCACGUUGGCCAAUACUACAAUUUAUUCUAUUUUGAACAAGACAUGUAUUAGUUUUGAUUAUGAGUUUGGAGACUUGUUUUCAUCCUAUCCUGGAUGGGAUGAAAUGUUGCAGAUUAUUUUGUUUCGUUUCUCAGUUGCUUGUACAUCGCCCAUCAUUGAAUGUCCACAUCCAUCAUUGUAUUCAUGUGAUCAUUCUUCAAAGUGUAUAUCUACUGUUCGUCUUCGUGAUGGAGUCAUCAAUUGUCCAUUAGAAGAUGACGAAAUGUUUAAAAAUACUUGUUUGUUAAAUGAAACUAACGAUCAUCGUUUGAAAUGUUAUGAUGAUGAACAAGAUUUGUGUUUAUCACCAAUGGUAAUUAAUGAUGGGUCUCCUCAUUGUAAAAAUGGUGAAGAUGAAAUUGAUCCUAUUCGUCGUUAUUUACUGUAUAAUAUCAUGUUUAAAUUUGUAUGUGAUGGUAUUCCAGAAAUGUAUCCCAUCAAAAUCGAUGGUCAAUAUCAUACCGAUGAAACAGAUUGUGAACAAUGGCCAUGUAAUAAUAGUUAUACAUAUUGCAAUACUGUUUGGAAUUGUCCGAGAGGUGAAGAUGAAUUGACAUGUAAUAAUACUCUUAUUGUCUGUCCAGCAUUACAUCAUCCAUGUAUUUUACCAAAUACGACUACUCUUAGUUGUUUAUCAAUUGAAAAAGUUCACAAUGGUAUUGUCGAUUGUUUGGGAGGAUCAGAUGAGAGACAACUAUGUCGACAAAUGUAUCUAUUCGAGGAAACAAAUCGUUAUCACUGUUGGAAUCGUAGUGAGUGUGUUAGUAUAACAAGUCUGAUCAAUUGUAAUACGAAACUGGAUACUCAACUUUCGAAAACAAUUUCAAGUAGAUAUUCUUGCCGAUGGAAGAAUUUAACAUCUAUCCAAAAGCAUCUCUGCAGUUUAAAUGACAUUCAAGAUUAUCAUACGUUAGAAUGGAGUCUUUCAUUUGAAGAAAAAAGUCAAUCAGAUAAAAGUAGUAGAGAGCAAAAAACAACAAAUUCGAAUCCGAUUAUCACUACUGGAAAUGUUGAAUUCAAACAAGAAUCAUGUUAUCGAGGAGUCAGCAUAGGUGUUCGGACACUAGUGGGCCUUGAAUAUGGAUGUCUAUGUCCACCGAGUCUAUAUGGAGAUCAUUGUGAAUAUCAAAAUCAACGUGUCAGUUUAACUGUACAAACUAGAAGUGCUACAGAUUGGCGAAGUAUAUUCACUUUUAUCUUUCUACUGAUGACAGAUCAAAAUGAAAUUGAAUCAUAUGAUUAUCGAUAUUAUAAUCCAAGUACGGAUUGUGCUAUGAAAUGGAAUAUUUAUUUACUAUAUCAAUCUCGUCCGAAAAAUCCGAUAAAAAACUACAGUGUUCGUAUCGAUGUUUACAAACGAGAAGCAAUAAUGUCCGAAUAUUGA